GGCCACCAUGACCUAUGGGCUAUGCACUACGCAUUUAAGAGGACGAAGAAUCUCCCUCCCCUAUAGACUAUGCUACGGGCUCUGCUAUGGGCUCCCCAAUGGGCUAUGCACCACCCAUUAAGAAGAAGAAGAAGAAGAAGAAGAACCUCCCUCCGUGAAUCGCGGCCAUUUUUGCGUAAGGAAGAAGCCGAAGCAGAAGAGACACUUCGUAUGACUGCAAGUGUUCCGGUCCGCCAUAUUCGUCGAAAGUUCCCGCAGUUCCCGGUCUUCGUCUUCUUUGUAUAGGUUCAACAGACGUUUUGUUUUUGUCUAACCAACGACGUUCUGGUGCCCCUAGCGUUCCAUGAGUAAAGCCGCGGUGCCAGCGCUACUGCUCGUCCUGAUCCUGAACACCGGACCAUGGGUGCACUGUAACCCCACGGGAGCACCUCUAGAAGCUUGCAAGGUCAUGGAACCUAAGCACAACCAAGAUCCCAUGCUCACACAUCACCCUUACAUGUUGAUGACAGAGCGUACGGGUACGAGCUUCAACGUAACAUUGGUUACAAUUAAGCAAAAGUUCCCGUUCAAAGGAUUCCUCAUCCGGGCCAUUCAGAAGAAAGGCUCCAGUGAGACAUACAUUAGAGGUCAAUUUGCUCGAGAUACUGCGAGUCCCUCAGUCAAGUUCCUGAACUGCGAUGGCUACGACGGGAAUGCUGUGACACACACCGGCAACUGGACCAAGGGAUUUAUCACCGUGCACUGGACGCCAUACAGACAGCCUCCUCAAAUAGCGACUGUACUAUUCAGGGCCACAGUGCUGCAGCAUUACUCGAUGUAUUGGCUUAAUGUUGAUUCCAGGAUUGUGCUCAUAGGUUGCAGUCCCUUCCUGGAGCCCAACUACAGUUUCAUUAUAGUUCUCCUGUUCGCUACACGACUUUUUCGAAAUCUCUAUUGAUAUUCUCAACUAUACCAAGACCAGACUCAAUAAACGAAUUGUAUCCCAUU